AUGUUCUUCCGUGGAAAGAAAAAGUUCAUCGACAAAAAGACUGCGGUCACUUUCCGGUUGGUAAAUCGAAGCCAGCACGAUCCACUGUACGUAGAUGAGACGGCUCCACAGCACGUAUUGGUACCGGUGAGAGUGCCGCCAAAAUACGCAAACUUAAUUGCCAACAGCACUCGUCCAGUUGGCGAAGGAAAAGUUGACGCUGCCAAGCGUAAAAAAGAACAAGCAAAGUAUGGCAUCUUCUUUGACGAUGAUUACGAUUACCUGCAACAUCUCAGGGAGCCGGACCGUAAUGAGGUUGUCUGGGAACCGGUUGGCACGAAACCACAAACCAAACCACCGACUAAACCGGAUACACAUGAGGAGGACGAUGUCCGCAUUAAGCUUCCCAGUUCGGUGUUUGCUUCAGAGUUUGAAGAAAAGGAUGGUCUCAUGAAGAAAGCGGUCGAAGUGACCCGUGGUCCACGUCCGGACUGGGAUCCGGAUGUAGUCGCAGCACUGGAUGAAGACUUUGACUUCAAUAAUCCCGAUAAUGAGCUGGAGGAUAACUUCAUGGAGCUGGCGAUGCAGCCUGGGGAGGGUGGCGAUGAAGAUGGUUACGACGAGGAAGGUGAACAUGAGUUCGACUCGGAAGAUAUGGACGAUGAUUACUCGGAUGAAGAACGGGAUGGUUUGGGUCCGCUCGAAGAUGGCUACGGUCGGGAGGAAACAAAAUCACGUUUUACAGAAUACUCUAUGUCUAGCAGUGUCAUCCGGCGCAACGAGCAGCUAACGUUGCUCGACGAUCGUUUCGAGAAGUUCUUUGAACAAUACGACGAUCCUGAGGUAGGUGCAUUGGACUGUGAAGAAAUAGAAGGGUACGUCGAACCGAACGACGAUGUUCUGUUGAGGUGUGCGGCCGAGUAUAAGCGAGAUCGUGACCUAAAAUAUGAUGCAGAGUUCGAGAAACAAUGGAUCAGAAAGCGGCUUUCGCAGAUUGAAGCGGAACAGUCCGAAGAGGAGGUGGACAUGGAGGUAGAGGAUAGUGAAGUGAAAAAAUGGGACUGUGAAAGUAUACUUUCCACCUACAGCAACAUAUACAACCACCCGAAAUUGAUCCAGGAACCUAGAAAGGCACGUAAAAUUCUUAUCAAUCCCAAAACAGGUCUGCCCGAGAAUGUGCUCGGUGCAGAGGGAGGUAAAUUAACGAUGAAAUCCAUUGCCAAGCUUGAGCAGGGUGAAAGUGACAAACCAACCGGUCCAAAAUCACUCUGUGACGGAAGCGUUAUUUCCACCCUCAGUGUGCUUUCGCUCAGACCCAAAGACGAAACGCCUGAAGAAAAGCGUGAACGCAAAAAGUUACUCAAGGAGUACCGUGCCGAACGCAGGAUAGAACGCAAGGCAAACACAUUGGCUUUCAAGCAGGAAAAGCAAAUUCAGGAGAAGAACAAGAUCAACGGCCACAUGAAUGCUGCACAAAGAAUCGUUUGA